CAACUUUUACAACAACUUUUACAACAACUUUCACAACAACUUUCACAACAACUUUUCACAACAACUUUUACAACAGCUUUUCAACUGCCAAUCCUCUCUCCGCAUUCCACCUUACUAUCCACCCUUCAUUAUGGCUGAACUCCAACAGCUCCCACAUGUUGACCUCCCGCAACCAGACUUUCAUGCUUUGAGUGGCCACCUUCAAGGCAUGGCUGUUCAGGUAGAUCGUUGCUCGAACUUAGUUGCUGUCCAUCAUAGCACCGCGAUCCUAGACGCCAUUGCCGCAUUGAACAACACUGUCAACACUGCUGUCGCCUCAAUCAACACCUCUGUAGCCCAGCUGCGCACCGAGAUGCAAGAGAUGGGUCGUUCACUAGGACAUCGUAUGGAUGACUUGGACUUCAAUAGUCGAGCACGAACCUCCAACAGCGGAGCUACUAGAGCAGAGUCGAUUAUCCACCCGCUUAGGAAUACUACUACACAUGAAGUGGUUGAUCUCCCGAGAACAGUCAAGGACUUGUUCUCACUUCGAGUCCCUGAAGUUGAACAAUAUCUUCGAGACUUGGGGCAGGUCCCCGUUGGCAACGAAGAUGAGAAGAAGGCGCAGCUGAAUGACUAUCUGGGUAUCAAUCGUAUGCUGUAAUUCUUUUCUGGUUCUCAAGUAGGACUUCCAAGUUAGUAUUCAUAAGUGUGUAAUACGGAAUGUCCGAUGCUGUCUAUUGUAAACGGUGCUACCUAGAUAACGUUCCGUUAAAAAUUAACUGUUACGAUGCCUCUUACAGAUGUGCUUGCUUCACCAUACCCUAUUACUUUGAUCACCUCUUUUU